UGAAUGAAGUGUCGGUUUUCAAUGCAAACUCCUCCUCUACGGACGAACGGGCUGCGCUUUUCUUCCACUUGAACAACCAAGUAGUUUUCAGGGCGCAUUCCCCGGCAGCAAUGUGGAGGGAAGGGCGACUGCGUCCAGCUGAAAAUCUACCACUUCUGCACCGGGUUUUAUUUGGCUUUUAUAGUUUUUCCGAGUUUAUCGCUCGCCAGGAAAACAGCGAAGCGUGGGUUUAAACUUCUGUGGGAAGCAAGCGAGUCAGAAGUGAAGAAAACUGCAGCCUGACCGUCUCGUGUUUUUUCUUUUUUUUUUCUUCUUUUUUUUUUUGCUGCUCGCUGGAGCCAUUGUUUUCUUACACAUGGAUAUUAGGAGAUGAAAUCGGACGUGUUUCUUGUUCUUGAGUAACCUCUCGGUCGCUCGGACUGUAGUUUAUGUGGUCCCUGGGCUCUUUAGGAGGAGAUCCCAUUCCUCAGCAGCACAACAAGGAGACACACACAUACAAACACACGCACACACACACACACACAUACACACACACACAGGGGCCACAAGUUGUCCACAAGCUGCGAAGGAGACGAAACUUUGCCAAGUUACUGCGCAUCCGGCAACCGACGCCAAAUAUCCAUCGAUAUUUUCAAUCAGAGUCCCUGUUGUAACUUCUACUGUGGAUUAUUGCGAGACUCGUCAUGGAUCAUGUCCAGAGGAUAAAAAGGGACUUCUGAGAAAAAUGAACAGUUUCUUGUAGAUAGUUUGUUACUCCAGUGACUCGUUUGGACUACACUGAUCUGAUAAAAAAAAAAAAAAGUCAAUUGUUCUAGCGAUUGUUUUUCCUCCUCUCGAUACUCCUCUUUGCUCUGCAAAAAUGCCACAGUUGAACGGAGGUGGUGGGGACGAUUUGGGGGCCAACGAUGAAAUGAUAUCUUUCAAAGACGAAGGGGAGCAGGAGGAAAAGAUAUCCGAAAACGUAUCCGCGGAAAGGGAUUUGGAUGAUGUGAAAUCCUCCUUAGUGAACGAGUCGGAAAACAACAGCAGCUCGUCAGACUCAGAGCAAGCAGAGAGGCGCCCCCAAACCAGACCCGACUCAGAAAGUUAUGAGAAAACAAGAGACUACUUCGGUGAAGCACUGAGAAGGCAGCAAGAUGGUGGCUUUUUUAAGAGUCCUCACUAUCCUGGUUACCCGUUUCUUAUGAUCCCAGACCUCACCAAUCCCUACCUAUCCAACGGCUCACUGUCUCCGAGUGCAAGAACAUACCUGCAGAUGAAAUGGCCUCUUUUGGACGUCCCCGGAUCUGCAGGACUCAAAGACUCACGUUCUCCAACCCCAGGACAUUUAUCCAAUAAAGUCCCAGUGGUGCAGCAUGCCCACCACGUCCACCCACUGACGCCACUCAUCACCUACAGCAAUGAACAUUUCUCCCCCGGCACGCCGCCAUCGCACCUCUCCCCGGAGAUCCUCGACCCAAAGACAGGUAUUCCUCGGACACCUCACCCAUCGGAGCUCUCUCCAUACUACCCCCUGUCUCCUGGUGCUGUCGGUUCAAUCGCUCACCCUCUCGGCUGGCUGAUGCCACAGCAGGGCCAGCCCAUGUACUCCAUCCCUCCGGGGGGAUUUCGUCACCCCUAUCCAGCGCUAGCAAUGAAUGCAUCCAUGUCCAGCUUGGUGUCCAGCCGUUUCUCCCCUCACAUGGUGACUCCACCGCCGCACAGCCUCCACCAGACUGGCAUUCCCCAUCCUGCCAUCGUCUCCCCGGCCAUCAAGCAGGAGCCCAGCAGUGAUAACAUCAGCCCCUCAAUGCAUGCCAGGAAAUCACCCGUUCCCAAGAAAGAAGAGGACAAGAAGCCUCACAUCAAGAAGCCUCUGAAUGCUUUCAUGCUGUAUAUGAAGGAGAUGAGAGCCAAAGUAGUGGCAGAGUGCACUCUGAAAGAGAGCGCCGCCAUUAACCAGAUCCUUGGAAGACGGUGGCAUUCCCUGUCGAGAGAGGAACAAGCCAAAUACUAUGAGCUGGCCAGAAAAGAGAGGCAACUCCACUCCCAGCUCUAUCCAGGAUGGUCAGCACGAGAUAACUAUGGAAAGCGGAAAAAGAGGAAGAGAGAGAAUAAACCAGACUCAAAGCCAGAAGACUUCUCGAUAAGAAGCAAGAAGCAGUGUGUGCAGUACCUGCCCUCGGAGAAGAUGUGCGACAGCCCCGCGUCGUCCCACGGCAGCAUGCUGGACUCGCCGGCCACUCCCUCUGCAGCUCUGGCCUCCCCGGCUGCUCCUGCCGCCACUCACUCCGAGCAGGCCCAGCCGCUAUCGCUCACCACCAAACCGGAGGGACGCAUGCACCACCACUUCUCCAUACCUGGGAAGGCAUCUGGAUCCACAUCCUCCUCCUCCUCCUCCUCCUCCUCUUCCUCCUCCCAACCUCCCAUCUCCAUCCCUAUUGGUACUUCAGGUAGCCAGUCGACCACACCCAUCCUCACCCGGCCAAUCCCCUUCACCUCUCUGCACCCCUCCAUGCUCUCUCCCCCUUCCCCUUUCCAUCAGGCAGCCCUUCACUCCCAUCAUGCUUUGUUCCAGUCACAGCCCCUCUCCUUGGUUACCAAACCAACUGAAUGAAUCCACAAAGGCAAUUUUCUCCCAUUUAUUGUGCUGUAUAUUGCUUUUCUUUAAAAUAGGUAUUAGAACAACUUUUUUUCUAAAUAAUGAAAAGGAAGAAAUAUUAUUGGUCAAUAUUUGACUGUCUCCUUUUCUACAUCUCUCAAUGAAAUGUAUUUUUUGUAAAGUUUACUGCAGAACUGGUUUCUUUUUUUGAUGCAUUUAUUCAAUGAACCUCUUGUAUAAAAGAACCAAUGUACAUAAAGUUUCUUUAUAAAAACAAAAAGGAACAAAAACACAUUUUCUUUUUAGCCAAAACCUGAUUAAUGUUAGUAUUAAGUUUUAAGUCCUAGUACUGGCCAAUAAUUGCAGCCCCCUUUUCAAUUCACGAGUGUGUGCCCCUUCUUUGACAUGUUAAAUAAACAUUUGAAAUUGUUUCUUAAAAGAAAUGUCUCUUUCCUGUC